UGGUAACGGAAGGGCGCCUAGUCUGGAAGAACUGGCUGUUGUGGAGUCUGGGGCCCUCACUGGGCAGCCCGUGACCCGGCUCAGCCUCAGCCACCGGCAUAGGGGCGCCGGCGAGAGUCGCCCCGCGCCUCAGAGUAGCUUAUCAUUGUUUAGGGAAAGGUUACUAUUGGAAAAUGGUAGAAGCAGUUUUCCAUGCCCCAAGAAGGAAAAGAAGAGUGUUUGAGUCAUAUGAUUCUCCAUUCCCUAUUCCUGCCUCACAGGAAGACAUCUGUGGAAAGUAUUUCAAGAUAUACCAGGCUGAAAUUAUUAACAACAAUGUAAUUGUGAGGAACCCCAAAGAUAUAGAACAGCUGUACAGCAAGGGCUAUUUUGGAAAAGGUAUUCUUUCGAGAAGCAGACCAGAAUACAAUAUUUCAGACCCUUUAUUGGUUGCUAAGUGGCAAGAUGCCAAGAUAAACAUGCCCAUACUCUCAUCAAAAAAGUACCAGUGUCAUCUAGAAUGGGCUAAAAGCCUUAUGCAAGAACAGGGACUUGAUGACUGCUCCGUUAACAAAAUUAUUGAAAAUUAUACUAAGCCAUUUGAUCUGCCUUUUAUGAAAGGGGAAGGAGAAGUUGCACAAAAUGAUGACUCUUACUGCAGAAUGGCUGCAGAAAUGGAAAACGUAGAAGACGGAAUGAAACUUUCAAGAGAUUCUGCCAUAAAUAAUGGAGAUUCAGCAGCACCGAAUGUUAAAUGUCAUAACAUAAGUACAGACUGCAAGAAAGCUUGUUUGGAAGGUGAUUCAGCUUACGAUGAUCCAUUAGCCAACUAUGGCUCUGAGGAACUGUAUCCAUUGGACACUAAAACUAUAGUUAAAGUACAUUGCCAAAAACACGAUGAUUUUAUUGUGCACUGUGGCUGCAAAGCCGAAGACUAUAGCAACCAAGUAUUUCAUAACUUGGCCAAAGGGAAAGAAUAUGCUUAUGAGUAUGUAUUGGUGCAGGAAGAAGAAAGCAAAUUGUGUCAUGAAGCAGCAAAUGAUAAAUCAAAUUUAAUCAAAAGGGAAAAAUUGGUAUGUAGAAGAAAUCCAUUUAGGAUUUUUGAAUAUUUGCAACUCAGUCUGGAGGAGGCAUUUUUCUUGGUCUAUGCUCUAGGAUGUUUGAGUAUUUAUUAUAAUGAGGAACCUUUAACUAUUUUGAAGCUAUGGGAAGUUUUUAGUGAAGUGCAACCUAAUUUUAGAACUACAUACAUGGCGUAUCACUACUUCCGAAGUAAGGGAUGGGUCCCCAAAGUAGGACUGAAGUAUGGAACCGAUCUCUUGCUAUAUCGAAAGGGUCCCCCCUUUUACCAUGCAAGUUACUCAGUCAUUGCUGAACUGGUUAAUGACAACUUUGUAGGGUUACUGCGCAGACCGCUCAACUGGAUGUCUUUGUCUGGCUUGAACAGAACAACAAUGAAUGUUUCUAAGGAACUUAUGUUAUGCUAUUUGAUUAGACCGUGUGAUAUGACUGAGAAAGAAAUGUCAUCACCAGACUGUCUAAAAAGAAUUAAAGUUCAAGAACUGAUUGUAAAUCGUUGGGUCUCUUCCCGAGAGCGCAGUGAACAAGAUGAACUAUAAUAAGAUGGACUAAGAAAUCCAGUGUUAAAGAAGCAAAUAUUAUAAACAAAUUUAGGUUGAGAAAAGUCUAAUCUUUACAUGGCAGAGCUGUGCCAUAUUCCUGUUUAAAAUUGUACAGAACAUGGAGUAUGCUGUGUACUAUCAGAGAAAGUUGUACUGAAAAAACAUAAUGGAUAACUGUAUUUGUCCAUGUGAAAAAAAAUUAAAGAAAUCUCUUCCCAGUCGAAC